UGGCCCGGAAGAGGCGGGCUUUCUGAGGCGGUUCGGCGGCGGCUGGCGGCGCAGGUUUUCAGAAUGGCUUCCUUGGUUGACAUGCCCCUGAAUUAUGAAAAGAUGUUUGCUCAUCGAUUCACAUCAGAUGAUGAAGAAUACCAAGAAUAUUUGAAACGCCCUGCAGAUCCCCCUCCUAUAGUUGAAGAAUGGAGAAACAGAUCUGGUGGCAAUCAGAGAAACAGAGAUCGGUUUCAAGAUGGUAGAUAUUUUAGAGGAGACAGAUACAACUGGCAAGGUGACUACAGAUCUAAUCAGAGGCCAGAAAGAAGUUGGGGUAAUAACUACCAGCAGCACAGACAAGGACAAUCGUACUCCUCCCACUACGGACAAUAUGGCUACAACUCCUACAAUCCAGGGCCUCGUUACCAUCCCUACUGAUGAUACUUGUGGUUUGAAAGUCCAGUAAUGCUACAUAACAAAUUCAGUUAGUCUUCAGUUUUCUUAUUUUUCCACAGUUUUAUAGGUAACUGAAGAAUAGAGCAUUACAGGCCAUUGCUGUUUAUCCAUAGUGUGAACUGAAGAAGGGAAUACCUUUUAUGAAUACUAAAAGUGUGCUAUACAGAGUUUGUUUAGAGUCUGUAGAUCUUAGAUUAAACUUCUAUCUCAUUCUUUUGUCUGAAUACAUACUAGUACACUUCUUUUAUUCCAUCACUGAGAUUUCUCUCUGUUACAUUUUAGAAAACACAAGAGGGCAGAGAAAAAUAGCUGUGGUUUGUGUGCAGCCUGUAGCAGUGGCACAUUGCCUUAAGAUAGUUCUUUUUGAAAGUGACAUACUGUGUCUUUCUCUGGAGAUAAUUUCUUAGUUUGGCUUUUGAUAGUGAGAAAAGCUCAGUUUGGUUUGAAUUUCCAAUGCUUUAAAACUGAGAAGAGAGAUGCUAUUACAGAAAUAUUUUAUGGGGUCAGCUUAGUGUCUGUUGACUCAAUGGCUUCAGUUUAUUUGCAGUAUUCUUCUUAAAACAUGGUCUAAAAGUUGGAAUAAAAAUUAAGUAGUUUAAAUAUGUAUCUUCUUACUGUAGUAGUUCAGUGAUACACAAGUUUUACCUGAGAAGUGAUAUCAGACUUAGAUUAAUUUGUAUCGUCUUAAAAUAAGUUUGGUAUGUGCAUAACGAAUUUUGGAAUUCCCAUUUCAGUAAAACUGUAAAAUUUUGAUGAUAAUUGUAAUUAGUUUGUGUGAAACACUUUGUGCAUGUUACAGAAGAAAGGAACCAUAAUCAGUACUGUUCUGUACUUUUUCUGCAUGAGAAAAUAGCAUAACCAGUGCAGAAUGUUACUCUUCUUAGAAUUUAAGUUCUGUGGUUUUUUUAAGUAUCCACACAAUAAAAGUAUAGUUGACACGUAAGGAUGUUUCUGAAUAUUUCUGAAACCUACUUUUGAAACAUUCAGAAUUGCAACAGUGUCAUCUAGGCUGACAGCUGCACAAGUAGCAGUACUAACAGAUAAGUGUUAAUAUUGGACAGCUGUUGGUUUAAGUUAGAAGAAUGGCCUACUCAGCUACAAUCAAGAGGAUGAGACACACUGUGAUUAAUUAGAAGUCUGGAGUGUUAAUCCACUAUCUUACAUUCUACUAUAAUAGGGUCAAAGUUCUCUAUUUCACCAUUUAAGUGAUAAGCUAAUUUGUAUCAGGAGAGCAGUGCAUUUCUUUGUACUUGACAUUUUCUUCAGUUGUUGUACAGAAACAGGGAACCAUCCAUGCUGACUAUGGUAAGAGUCGUGACAUUAUGUGAUAAGGAGUGCAAAUUAGUGCAUCUUCAUUUAAAAACAAAGAAUAAAUAUAAAAGUCAAAAGCACAGUCUCCCAGCUCAUAAGAUGCUUUAAGAGUAACAUACUUAAAGAGUAUGUUUACUGUUGAUCUCUGAAACACACACUCUGUGUAGCUUUUACAUAGUCUUUGAUACAGAAGCUGUGACACACGUGUCCCCACCUAACUGCUAAGUAUUUCUGUUCUCUGCUUUUUGUAUAAUAUUGUUAACUCUAUCUGAUAACAGUUUUUAAUAUCUUACUUCCUGAAGUAUUUGCCUUGAAUUCGGUUGUUUAACCUUAGAAGUCUUUUAGUGAGGGGUUUGUUUUUCCUUAAGGAGUUCUACUGGAUGAAAUGCACCCUUUUUAACCCUCAUUGAUAUGGUGGAGCCGUUACACUGGGGGAUGUAAGAUCACACAAAGUUCUUACCCAUGCACUAUGGAGAGCCUGCAAGUUGGUAUGGUGGAAUUCCCUUUUAAUGCAGAAUCACAUGCAAAUUGCCAGAUAUCCCAGACUCCCACCUCCAAGAAGGGAGUGCGUCUCUCUGCAAAGAGCCUGACACUGCCAGCUAUGCCAUGGAAGUCAGGCUGUGCCAGGAUGUUGUUCUUCCUUACCAUCUGGAGUAGCAUCUCAGGUUGAAAUAAAACCUGGCAAAAGGAACGGAUUCUGUCUCAUCUGUUGCUUUUCAUCAAGCCCAAUAACUAUUUUAUUUUUAAUGUCUUUCAGCUCAUGAAUAAAGAAUCUACGACAUUGUGACCAAACUGUAGAAGCAGAUAGAUUAGGAUGGCCUAAGUGGAAGUUAUGACUUAGAAUCACACAUUUCAUGAUCUUCAGCUCUCAUAGUCUGAGUUUCUCGACUGUGAGACCGGGAGAGACACAGGCCAGUGCAGCUUCCCAGUUUCUGUCUUUACAUUCUUGACUCCAUCUGUCUCACCAUUACAGCUCUCAAUUAAACGUUAACCUGUAUGAUGUACAAAACUUUUCCUUGGAACAAUUAUGGUAAGAAUCUAAUUUUUGGGAGGGAAUACAUUUCUAAAAAAAUGCAUGCCUUGCACUGGACAGAAAGGUAAACAGAAUUCAAUAUAUAUUACCUCGAGCAGUUUCCACUUAGAUGAAUUAGUAUUUAUG